AUGAGCCCAAUGCUGUCACUUCAUGGUCCUGCCUGGGCUGGCGCAAGCUGCAGCCUGAGUGGCAGGCCGGCGCUUGGAUUUUCUCUGCUGGCAUUGGCCUUCAGCAUGGCCGAACUAAUGCUGACACUGCAAGCUUCUUCCCGUGCUGGCCUGCUUGCUGUUUGCCAUGCUUUGAUGGGCCCCCUGCUGCCCUCACAAGCGAUAUCCCGCUUCAGUUUGCCCAUGUCAGCCUGCAGCAUGUUGCGCGGAGAGCUGUCGCUGUUAGCCCCAGACUUUAGCACUGCUGAAGCCAUCUUGCUUGCAAGAAGUAGUUCUUGUCCAGAGUUUUUGUCACCUGUGUGUGGUAUCUACGCAGCUAGGAGCAUGUCCUCACUUUCCGUUUGCGAUUCCAGCAGCUUGGAGGCCGGUCCUUUGAUACAAAGCUUCGCGCAACUUGAAGCUCCUUUGUUGGUUCUGCUCCUUGCGCAAGUUGCCUUUCCGUUGUCACUUCGCGUGGUUCAGCGCAUGGGGUUAGUAUUUCUUGCAGUCGAGCCACUCAAGUCUGAAGCUUCAAUUCUGGUACUGGGGCGCUCUGUGCCAGAAUCCAGCUUGUCACCUCAAGGUGUUCUAUGCUUAGGCUUUGGCACGUCAAGCUGUGAGAUGGCCAAACCUGGCAUCCUUCCUUCAGCGCGGAGGUGGACACGUGCAGACUCAGCACUAUUUGCUUCAUGUGUGCGCUCAGGGUCACCAUCCUCAACGGUGGGGGCAGCCUGCCUUGGCACAUCACCAUCACUGCAUGCCCUCCGGCUGGAUGCACCCAUGUCACUGUUUGGAAUGCCUGGUGUGAAUUCUUCACUUGUCCUCAGAGGAUUCUCCUGCCUUGGCGCCAGUCUGGCCAUCACCUCUUCGGCGGGCUCCUUCAUGCUUGUUCUGGAAUUUCUGCACGCAGGACUGCCUGCUUUAUGCAGAGGAGCCUCUUGCUUGGAAGUGGCCCCUUUCCCUGUUAACUUCGUGCAGGCUGAGGCACCGUCGCUGUUGCGUUGUGUUACUUGCAUAGGCCUUGUUACACUGUUGAGGGGCAUUGUGCCAGUUGGUGCGAUGCUUGCAGCUUUCGACACUUCUUGUGCAGACCCAUCAGUUCCAUCACGCAGAUGCCAGCAGCUGGAGAUGUCUCCCGCAUCCUCGAGCACAACUUGUUCGGAUGCCCCGCUGUUGUCGCGUUCAUUAAGGCAAAUCGGCCCUGCUCUGCCACAAACCUCAUCCUGGGUAGGGUUUCCGACCUCAAUUUCGGAGUCUGCGGUAGUGGGGGCAAGCACGUUGUUACGCAGCUUGGCUAGGUUGGAUUUUGUGCUGUCAGCCUCGGCGACGUGUCAAGUUGAGCCUUUGUUGUUUCUCAGAAGUUGCAGCAGGUCAGGAAGUGCAACGCUGCCCUGGAAGAAAUGUCGCUUAGGUUUGCCAUUUGCAGCUUCCUGCAAUGGAUUGCUUGCCUCCUUUUUGCUGGCGCAGACUGCUUCCCAGCUUGAACUUGCAUUGUUUGUAACAUGUCUUUUGAGCUUGGGUCCGCCUUUGGCGCUGCAAGGGUUUGUUCGCUUGGGUUUGCCAUUGCUUUUGCCUCAGUCAGGUUUUCGCAUAGAUCCUGGACUGCCUAUCAUGGAUUCUGCACUGGAGUCUGCUUCGUCACCACAGAGCUUCGCACUCUUGGAGGCAGCAUCGUUGGCUUGCCCGUUGUCGCGCCUUUCUUCCCCCUUUGCACUUCCUCUUUCCGAUGCCAUUGAACUUGGCUUGUCGCUGUCUCCGCGUUCUUUUGGCACUCCAGGUUUUUCCCUGACUAUAGUCCCUGCAAGCUUUGGAUCGAGCGUGCCUCUGAGAAAUAUUGCUUGUCCAGAUGCCUUGCUGCCUCUUUGCGGCUUUUGUGGCUUUGCUCUUUGCCCCCUGUCUGGAGAGACUGCCCUUGGCCUGAUGUUGUCAUUCAGGGGAACGAGCUGCACAGGCUUUGCCACAUCAGCCUCAGGCAUGCCCAAUCCGGACAUUCCGCCUCUAAUGCAUACCUUUGCCUGGCCCGGGUUGCCCGUGCGGGUCGCUUCCCUGUCAGACUUCGCGCUACCUGCUGGGGAUUGUGCUGCGUUUGGUGCUGCGCUGCCAUCGCACGGCGCAGCGUGGCUAGGAGCAUUGUUGUUUUGUUUAGCUUUAGCCCGUUCGGAUGUGGUAUUGCUUUUGCGGUGCGUGUCUUGCACAGAUGUGGCCACGACGAUUUUCCGAACGUCUCAGAUUGAUAUUCCACUGCCUAUCCUAGGCUCGGCAAACAUGGAACCGCUUUCGCUUACAAAAGGUCUUACGUGUCCAGAGGUCAGUCUGUCGGCUGCAGGAAUGCUUGGCAGCCUCUUGUUCCUGCGCAGAACUGUUCGGCUCAGUUUGUCCGCGCUUCUUCUGAGUCAUGCUUCGUUCAGCUCAUCGCCGUCAGCCUUCGAUGCAGCCUCGAUGGUCACGUUUGCUUCAAUGCGGUCUCUUGCUCAGCUUGGACUGCCUUCAGCCGCACUGAAUCCUGCCAGCCUCGGGCCCACCCUGAUUUUGCAGUCCUUUGCUUGCCCUGAUCUAGCCACAGCGAUUCCUGGACGGCAGGCAGGUAAUGUGUUGUCGCUUUGUUCUGCAUGUGUCGAAUCAACGGCGCUUCCGAGAAGCCAUUCUCAACUUGACAUCAUGCCGUUUGCGUGCGUUGCCUCGGUUGGAUUGCCGCUUCCUUCACGCACAGCUGCUCGAGCUGGCAUGUCAUUGCUUGCUUUGGCUAUGGCAGCUGGUUCUACGCCGUUGGCCUUGAGAUUCAGCGGUGUAAGCUCCCCGCUGCCAACCAGAGCCUUCACAUACUGCGGAGCCAUCCUGCCAAUAUGUGAUCUUCCUUUGUUAGAUUUCUGCUCGCCAUUGCAGUCGUCAACGUGUUUGUGCAUGCCACCUCCUCUGAUCGGGCCAAGCUGCGUAGGCUCCAACUCGUCAGCUUUAAGUGCAGGCCAUUUGGCUUCCAUGCUGUUUUCGCAUUCAUUUGUCUGA